UCUCCUCAUCUCUCUCUCUCUCUCACACACACACACACACAUCAUCUCCUCCGCCUCUCAACCAAGCCAAGAGCUCAGUGAAGCACCACCGGCCAUGGAGGGCAAGGAGGAGGACGUGCGCCUGGGCGCGAACCGCUACUCGGAGCGCCAGCCCAUCGGCACGGCGGCGCAGGGCGGCGGCGCGGACGAGAAGGACUACAAGGAGCCGCCCCCGGCCCCGCUCUUCGAGGCGGAGGAGCUCACCUCCUGGUCCUUCUACCGGGCCGGGAUCGCCGAGUUCCUGGCCACCUUCCUCUUCCUCUACAUCUCGGUGCUCACCGUGAUGGGCGUGGUGGGCAACCCUUCGGGGUCCAAGUGCGGCACGGUCGGCAUCCAGGGCAUCGCCUGGAGCUUCGGCGGCAUGAUCUUCGUGCUCGUCUACUGCACCGCCGGCAUCUCCGGCGGCCACAUCAACCCCGCGGUCACCUUCGGGCUGUUUUUGGCAAGGAAGCUGUCGCUCACCAGGGCCGUGUUCUACAUGGUGAUGCAGUGCCUGGGCGCGAUAUGCGGGGCUGGGGUUGUCAAGGGGUUCCAGACCACGCUGUACCAGGGCAACGGCGGCGGCGCCAACUCCGUCGCGCCCGGGUACACCAAGGGGGACGGCCUCGGGGCCGAGAUCGUCGGCACGUUCGUGCUGGUGUACACCGUCUUCUCCGCCACCGACGCCAAGCGCAGCGCCAGAGACUCCCACGUCCCCAUCCUGGCCCCGCUUCCGAUCGGAUUCGCGGUGUUUCUGGUGCACCUGGCGACGAUCCCCAUCACGGGCACCGGCAUCAACCCGGCGAGGUCGCUGGGCGCCGCCAUCAUCUACAACAAGAAGCAGGCGUGGGACGACCAUUGGAUCUUCUGGGUUGGCCCGUUCAUCGGCGCGGCGCUGGCGGCCAUCUACCACGUGGUGGUGAUCCGGGCGAUCCCCUUCAAGAGCCGCGACUAGUCCACCAAUCAAUCUGCCGACUGUGGAUCGAGUCUUCUUGUUUCUGUUGGAUUUUCUCCUUGCUCUUGAAAUGUAUUUCCCAUCAUAUAGCUUAUUUUCUAGUUUUGGAAGGUUUUCGGUCACGAUUCCCGGUGCAAAUUUGCAAAGCACGGUAAAAUUGAUGUAAAAUGUGUGUGGAUUGCAGAGGGCUCUAUGCCCAUACAAGGAAUAAUUCCUGGUAAA